CCGAACAGCAACCGUCACCGUCGUAGUAUAUAAGCAUUUGCACACCGCACCAUAGACCGAGCUACCCAUAGCCCACCACCGCUGCACACUAUCACUAUGACCAAACCUGUUAUAUUCUGGCUCGGGGCUACCGGGUAUGUCGGCUCAGAGGCCCUUCUCGCGCUCAACCAAUACCUUCCGCAACCUGACAGCCACCACAUCGUUUCCCUUGUCCGGGAUGCAUCCCCCGAAAAGAUAUCUGCGCUCCAGCACCUUUACUCCGACCUCGAAGUCGUCAAAGGCACCCUAGACGACGGCGAUCUCAUAACGAAGACGGCCGAACAGUCAGACGUAGUGAUCAACACCGCUGACUCACUUCAUCCGGCUAGCGUCAAAGCCAUUCUCGCUGGUCUCACCGCACGAGCGAAAUCAAACGCAAGCACGCCUGCACCAAUCUACGUGCAUAUCUCUGGAAUUAGUAUCAUUUCAGACCGGUGCAAUGGGGCCUACGUCGAGCAUCCCAAGGAGUGGAGUGACAAGGACCUGGAUGUAACGAAACUUCCUCACGACGCUGUUCACAUGGAAUGCGAACUUCCCAUAGCAGAAGCUGGUCGGCGUGUUGACCAUCCAAUUCGCACGUUUGUUUUGAAUCCGGGUUUGAUUUACGGGAUUGGAGCUGGCAUGCAGCGUACCACGUUCUGGGUGCGCGACUGGAUUGAAAAGGCCAAGAAGGCAAGUUACUCUGGUACGUUCGGAGAAGGCGCGAAUGCUCUCAGCCAUAUCCACGUACACGACGUGGCCUCAGCGCUUCUAGUUGUGUUGAGAGCUGCCUUGACUGGCAAAGCACAGGGUGGAAAAGACUGUAACUACCUUGUCGGUGUUUCGAGGACCGAACAGAGGGCAUUUGCAAAGGUCGUUGGAGAUUGCUUGCUCGGUAAGAAACUGGUCAAAGAGGCUGGAUGUCGCCCCUGGCCUGAAGAUAUUACUGGUCCCAAGGAUAACCUUUGGUGGAGGAUAUAUGCAGGGAAUCAGAUCGUUCAUCCCAACCGCCUCUAUGCACUCGGAUGGGAGCCAACCGAGACCAAGAAGCAGGGUCCGAUAGAUGGUUUGCCUCAAGCGAUUGAUGUCGCACUGAACAAGUGAAAAAUCUUGAGUAGGAUACGGAAACAACAGAUGACACUUGUACAAUUAUUGUAGCGCCCUGUAACAACAUCACUUGAAAGGAAUUGUCCCCAAGCC